UCAUUAAUAAAUUAAUUCGAAGCUAUCCGUGAACCAAUGGAAACGGCGUCUACGCGACUCCCCUUAUAUUUUAGUACGCAGUGACGUGACGCGAGCGCAGUCGAGUUUGGCACACAACUAGGUUACACACACGUGUUUAUCACCAAAAAGUAUUUAACAGUGACCAAGUGACAGAGACUUGAUAUCAAAAAUCGCGUUAUGGCGGAACCUGUGAACUUAACGGAAUUGAGUUCUAGUGAUUUCAAAAAGUUCUUGGAUUCAUUCGAUUACGUGUUUUCGGAUUGUGACGGCGUAAUAUGGUCAAAUGGGCCCUUACCAGGAUCGGGAGAGUUCUUCAAAAAGAUUAAACAACACGGAAAAGCGGUGCAUUAUGUAUCAAACAAUAGUUUGAGAACGAAGCAAGAUUAUGAGGACAAAUUCAAAUCUUCAGAUAUUGAAAAUGGUUUCGAAAACCUCACGAUACCAUCAGUAGCCAUAGCAGAGUAUUUAAAGUCUUUGAAUUUCAACAAAAAAAUAUACUGUGUGGCCUGUCACGAGACGGUUCAUGUACUAGAAAGAGCAGGAUUCCAAUGCUUCCUAGGACCAGACUACGGUGCUGAAUACUAUAUAGAGUACCUGCAAUAUCUGGUGGAUGAUCUUGACGUGGGAGCGGUGGUGUUUGACAGCGACUUCAGGGUGAACCUGCCGAGGCUUUACAAGGCUUUGACGUACCUUAAACGACCAGAGGUGAUAUUUAUAAGCGGAGCGACGGACAAACAUGUGCCAUAUAAGCCUGGAUGCUUGGUUUUAGGCACUGGAAUUUUCACGGACAUAGUUGUAAAUGAAACGAAACGCCAACCGGUUCAGUUGGGCAAGCCGGGUAAACUUUUCGGCGAGUUUGCGAUGAAGCGGGCGGGCGUGACUGAUCCGAGCAGAGUGCUCUUCAUUGGUGACAUAUCAGCCGAUUCGUCAUCCUCCUCGGCUCACCGGGAAAUCUCCUAGAGGCAGUUACCAAAGUGAAGGCCCUGGGGGCGUUCCUCACGGAGCUGGGCUGGCUGGAGUGAUUCCGGCUACACACCGUCCUCACCUCACGCAAAACAGGCGCCAGAAGGAAGUCAAGUUGCGGAAACGCCCGCUGCAAGAAGAAGAUAUUAUAUAUACUCCCGGACACUUCUGAUGAGGAGCUCGAUUGCGCGGGUGGUUAGCGCGUUCGGCUGCGAUCGAUGUUAAGCAACUUUCGCAGUGGUCGGUCAUUGGAUGGGUGACCAAAAAUCUUCUAUCUCGAGUUCCUCCGUGCUUCGGAAGGCACGUUAAGCCAUUGGUCCCGGCUGCAUCUGCAGUCUUUAGCACCCGCCAAUCCGCACUGAGCCCGCGUGGUGGGUCAUGGCCCAAUCUCCCUAUUCCAUCCAUAGAGAAGGCCUGUGCCCCAGCAUUACUAGGCUGAUGAUGAUGAUGAUGACACUUCUACC